GCAGUCGCAUUUGCCCGAAUGUAUCAGAAAAAUGCUAACUUAACAACAAACAAGCAAGUGAAAUGAAACGAUAAAGGAAAAAACACACACAUACUGCAUAUAUACGUUCAGCCGAAAUCAAAAUAGAAAUUCUACAGUGCCAUAUAAUAAGUAGAUAUCGUUGGUAAAACACACUUUGAGCCACAAACAAAACCUAGUCAACAGAUUCAAGCUUUUAACUGCAACAAACCAUGGAAUAACGAGAGAUCAACAUCGACAUCGAGAUCCAGGUGCAGACCCAGAUCUUAGAGCAUGUCGGGAAAACGCAAAUCACCGCCCAACAAAUUUGAUAUCGAUGCAAACAGCUUUCAAGGUCUAGAGGCGGGCGUUUUGGGGACCACCGGACAUCAGCUCAACGAAGGCGCCCUGUCGCCUGGAAAGAUGCAGCAACAAUUUCUAAAUAACAACAACAAUGAGAGCGAUGGCAGCGGAUAUAGCGCGACAAGGACUACUAUAGAGUGCGAGCUAACGUAUGGAUCUGCGACUGGUCUUGUCAUUGGCAGAGAGGGUCCCGUUGGUCCCGUUUCGGCAAGUGAUAGCGAGAAUACAGACCCAGACACUGAUGCAAAAAGUGCCAGUCCCAGAGCCACUUCCACUUCCGAGUCGGAGGUUGGCAGCGUGGGCCAGUCUGUACGCCAUGCUCUAUCAUCGCAGUCGCCUACGAAAAAGCGCAUAAAGAAGACGACGAAGGGUCGUCUGAGCAACGGUUGUACGAAAAUGCCAACCCAGGACAUGCACUCCUGCUGUAGCAGUGGACAAGAUACCGCAGAUGCUGGUGCGCAGUGGUCCAUAUCAAGAGAACUGAAACCUGUGAUCUCUCCAGAAGAGACAACCAUAGCAGGGCAACAAUUUGGCACAGCAGUGACAGCGGCCAGAAACGAUGAGGGACUCUUCACGACACACAGCAAUGACUACAGCAACGAGAUGAAGCGAGAACACAUAUCCGAAUCGGAGGGCCAACAGCAGUGUUCAAACUAUAUGGACCAGUCUGCAGCAGGCGAUGAGGUGCUUGUGAAACGUUUGGCCCACAAGCUGCGCAGAAAUUCCCUUUCCACCCCCGAUGGAUUGGCGCCCGAGCUACCAUUUCUAGCGACAGCAGUGUCUUCUUCUACGGCCCCUCUGCCCCUGUCGGAGGACUAUAGUGAGUCAGCGUUGUGGUCGCACGGAGCUAUGCUUAAGCCAAAUGUUUCAAUCGGGGAAUACGCUGCAUUGCCAAUAGUGCAACGAUCUCUGGCAAUGGGCACAAAUCUGGAUGAGCGAAAUUCGGGAACGCACGAUAAGGAGCGCACCGUCUCCGAGAUGAUACGACAAUUGCAACUCAUACGAAGUCGACUGCUCAAUCAGACACAAUUCGAGAAUAUGACAGACAUCGAGUCGAAUAUUCAACAGCAGCAACAUCUGCAGAACGUGCAACGGAUGCAGCAGGAGAGUUGCCUGCAGGAGCUGCACCAUCAGCUGAGCGCCCAGUUUAACGCCAGUCGCUUCCCUCAGUCCCAUCAUCAGCAGCAGCAGCAGCAGGCGGCGGCCGCGGCGGCGAGUACAGGCGGUCUGGUGCCAUUCCUGCCCGCUUUUCUGCGCCCGCCGGCGCCCGCGCAGCAGCUGGCUACACUGCAUCCGCACAUGAUGCCCGCCCACGUGCAUCAGCAGCAUCAUCACGCCCACAAGCUGGCGGCCAUGCAGCCGAUGUGGCCAACGGCGGCGGUCGCGGCGGCGCACAUUCAAGCGGCUCUGGCUGCGGCGGCCGUUGCCGCCAGCAACAACAACAAAAUGCCGAUUUCAUCACCAGGCGCUGCGCCAGCCAUCGCGGAGGCGGUGGUCGCCUCCCUGCCUGCCCUCGACAUUGGGGAGGCGCGACCGGAGUCGCAAUCGCCGAACCCUGGCAACAGCGACGCCAUUAAGUAUAGCCACAACACGCCCCCCGAUUCCCCGCAGGCACGGGCCGCGGCUCCGGCACAGAAUCUUAGCCCAGAGGAGAAUUCGAUCAAUUAUCCUUCUUCACCAGCCGACCACCAGCAUUGCAGAGCCAAUAGAUCGGAGGUGCAGGACUCUGAUAUGGAUGCCCCUCUCAAUCUAUCGAAGCCCAAGGGCUCACCCGAAUCCUCGCCAAGCAGCGCCAGCAUUCGUGAGCAGCGGGAGCGAGAAAGGGAACGGGAGCGGGAGCGGGAAAGGGAGCGUCUAACCCCUGUUGUCCCCAGCCCGCCGCUAAAUUGGCAACAAAUGGCCCAAGCAGCUCCAGUUGGCCAACAUCAGUCGUCUCCCAUAUUUCCGGAUGUCGAGGCCACUUACUUACAGUCCCGGGGUCGACUGUGGCACGCGACAGGUGGCGGCGAUCCCAGUCCCACAUUGUCGGCGACGGGCGUUGGAGGUGGGAUUGGAGGGGCCAGUGCCAGGGCAGCUCGCAUGAGUCGCGACUCGAUAAACAGCUGUGGCACGAGCUCGGAACGAUCGGCUGUGCUGGAUCCGGAGUGUCAUGCUCAGCCACAGCUUGGAACAGCGCCACCGACCCAGCCCCAACGACACGGCCAUGGUCAUGGCCAUGGGCACAGCAAGCCGCACAUCAAGCGGCCCAUGAAUGCAUUCAUGGUGUGGGCCAAGGACGAGCGUCGCAAAAUAUUGAAGGCCUGCCCCGACAUGCACAACUCGAAUAUAUCGAAGAUACUGGGCGCCCGCUGGAAGGCCAUGUCGAAUGCCGACAAGCAGCCCUACUACGAGGAGCAGUCGCGUCUUUCCAAACUCCACAUGGAACAGCAUCCGGACUAUCGCUAUCGCCCGCGCCCCAAACGUACUUGCAUUGUGGACGGCAAGAAGAUGCGCAUAUCCGAGUACAAAAUCCUGAUGCGCAAUCGGCGGGCCGAGAUGCGGCAGCUGUGGUGUCGGGGCAGCGGUCCCCCCAAUGCCUCCGGCGAUGCCUGUGCCGGAGAUGGCAGCGUCCAGGCAGCGGCAGCCGCCGCUGCGGCCGCCUACCAUUUGCAGGAUAUGACACAGGCGGCAGUAGCGGCGGCUGCGGCGGCAGCGGGCGUGCAUGGAGACGAAUGCGGCGUACUGCUCGAUGGCGGCACGCCCACGCAUAAUGGUCCGGGGGCGAGCAGCGGGUAUUAUUAUCCUCCGGAGAGCCUGUCGCCGUCGGGAUUCUCCUCCGAGGAAAUGGAGAUGAACUCGCUGCGCGGCGAUGACGAUUGA